CAUGUCAGAGCCGGAUAUUAAGACGUUUUCUGGGGCGGAUUACGGAGUCCUGGGCGCCAUGCUCGCCUUAUCUCUGGGCAUAGGUUUCUACCAGGCCUGCGCUGGCGGGAAGCAGAAGACGGCUGAGGAAUUCUUGAUGGCCAAUCGUAACAUGCACCCGAUUCCUGUAGCCCUCUCCUUGGUGGCUAGUUUCAUCUCAGCUAUCACCUUUCUCGGAACACCAGCCGAAAACUAUGUUCAUGGUAUCAUGCAUAGUUGGUUCUGGUUGGCCAGUGUCUUUGCAUCCAUCAUCACGAUGCUUCUAUUCAUGCCGACGUUCUAUCGGUUAGGUAUAACGAGUUCUAAUGAGUACUUAGAGUUACGGUUCAAUCGCUUCGCUCGAUAUCUUGGGAUGGGAAUAUUCUUUCUCUACAUGAUUUUUUACCUUGGUAUUGUUCUAUACGCACCCUCCUUGGCUCUUAAUGCUGUGACAGGACUAAAUCUAUGGGGAUCGGUUUUCGCUAUCGGUAUUGUCUGUACGCUUUAUACCACAAUAGGAGGGAUGAAAGCUGUUCUUUGGACUGACGUGUUUCAGAUGACAUUGAUGGUAGUCGGGUUCAUCGCCGUCAUCAUCCAGGGCGCCCUCAGGGUUGGUGGGAUAGACAAUGCUUGGCAGAUUGCUUCAUCGGUCGACGAUAGAAUGAACAUAUGGGUUUUUAGCACUGACGUCACACAACGUCACACGGUAUGGGGGAUUUUGAUUGGCGGAACCUUCGCAUGGACCAGUAUCUUCGGCGUGAAUCAGGCUCAGGUGCAGAGGUACCUCACGUGUGGGUCCAUCGAGAAAGCAAGAAUAGCAAUAUGGAUCGCCAUGUUUGGUAUGAUCUUGGUUCAGGUGCUCCCUCACAUAGUGGGCGUGGUCAUGUAUGCUAAUUAUGCUGGCUGUGACCCCAAACUUCACGGCGCCAUAGCGAGCUAUGACCAGUUGAUGCCCUAUUUCAUCAUGGACCUGUUUGGUUCGAUGCCAGGUUUACCGGGGUUACUUACAUCGGCAGUCUUCAGUGCAGCAUUGAGUACUAUUUCAUCGGGUCUGAACGCCCUCGCAGCAGUAGCCGGCGAAGAUGUCAUCAAAGGCAUUUGGCCGAACAUGAAGGAUAGUCAGUACACGUGGAUAUCGAAAGGAUUUGCUUUGCUGUUUGGUGUGGUGACCAUUUUCUCUGCACUCCUGGCAUCUGAGAUGGGAGAAAUUCUCCAGGUAUAG